CUGCUGCACUGCACUGAUGCAAACUUCACGUCCAUGCGGGUAUAAAGACCACAAGCUGCAGAAAAGUGUGCUUGGUGACGGAUUCCUACUUUGCAGUAUCUUAAGUUGUCCCGAAGUGAGCUGAAUGAAAACAGAAGAGGCCCCCCUACCUGGAAACUACUAGAGAAUCUGGCGUUCUUGGGUGAAAGAAUUCCAGGAAAGCAAGAUGGUGACAGGAUGUGCCGGAGUGAUGCCACACAUGGAUAAACCUCUUCAGCGGCAGAUGAUGCAUGACGCUGGAUCCACCCUGCUGGACUUUGAAUGACUCACACAAGAUUCUCUCAGGAAGUGAAGAGCCUUCGAACACAAAGGACCCUCUGCCAUGGAGUCACAGUGCUGAUAUUGAACUGAUCUUUAAUCAGACAUUUUCAUCCGAACGUCAGAUAAACAGCCAACAUUCCAACAGCCAUGAGUUUAGGAAAACUCCCUGGGAUUAAAGGCCUCGUGUCCGGCUCUCAGGAGAGACGUCGCUUCAAGAGCGACCUCUCUGUGGACAUGAUCAGCCCGCCGCUGGGCGACUUCCGCCACACGAUGCACGUCGGCCGCGGCGGGGACGUGUUUGGCGACACUUCGUUCCUUAGCAACUACGGAGGAGUCAAGGAACCGGGGAGCCCGGACUCGGCGAACAGCUCCAAGUCAACUGGCUUCUUCACGCGCACCUUCAGGCACAUACGGAAGAAUUCCGGGCCACGGUGUGAACCCCGGGACUUUUCAUCGCCGCCGCCAGACAUCUCGCCCAUCAUCAAGAAUGCCAUCUCCCUGCCUCAACUCAACAUGGAUUCUCCAAAUGGUUGCCUGCAAAGAGCCAUGCUCCCAAACUCCAUCAGCUCAACAGAUAGCUCCAUCUGCACAUAUGGUCUCCAGUCUGGAUUUGUCACUCUGCCGCGCUUCUCUCGCCUUGACAGACAGCUUCCAGACGAAGACGUCCACAGAAGAUCGAUGCGAGACAACCAUAGAAAACCUUUAACCCGCUCCGACUCCCUCACCUCCUUCACCCUGGACCUCGGCCCCUCUCUGAUGGCUGAGGUUCUGGGCUUGUUUGACAACCACAGCUCCCUUCAGAUGGCCAGCCAGGCCGCAGGGGAAGAGGAAGAGAAGAAGGAUGCUGCUGCUGAUGCUGAUGAGGAGGAGGAUGACAGGUCUCUAACAGAGACAUAUGUGAGCCCAGUUGUGAGUUCAACAAACUCCUCAGUGCGCAGCGGGUCAUCGAGAAGGAACAUAAACAGUCAGGAGCACUCCUGCAGCACCAGUUGGACAGAAGAGGACGGGAGGUCAACUGCUGCACCUUCCCGAUCUCCUCCCAUGUCUCCUCCCACGGUGGAACCCGCCAUGGAGUCGGAGCGCUUCCGGAGGGCAGCUGAUGUGCUGUCUCGACAUUACGGUGGAGGCUCAGUCGCACGGAGUUUUUCUAAAACAUCGUACACUUUCUCGGAAGAGGAGGAAGAAAUCAAAGUGUAGAUGAGGCUGAGAAAAUUUGCAAUGACCUUGCUGUCACCAUUUUAUACACGUUAUUUAAGCCAUUGUACUAUGGUUUGGAUGUUUAAUAUUGCCACGGAGUUAAAGCGGAAUUAGGCACAUCACUUUGCAUUAAUCCUACAUACUGACUUGGAAAUGUGCAGAACUCAUAAUCCUCAUACAUGAAUCAAUUAGUUAUAACAUUUCUUAUGCAUUUAAGUUGAGCCUGAACACAACAUUUGAAGUGUAUCCCCUCAGGGGAAAAAUGUUAGCCUAGAUAUUCUGUAGAUAUGCUAUUAUAAGAUAGAAAAAUAAUAUUAACAUGGAUAUGUUAUGAACAUUUUGGCAUUUUUAAAAAUGUUGGCUGGUUAAAUAAACUUUCCGAUAAAAGUAUUCACUUACAUGGUAUAAUUUAAUACUCUAAUAUUGCUUUGUGGAUUAUUUAUAGCAACAGUGUAGACCAGGGGUGUCCAAAGUGCAACCCGGGGGCUAUUUGAGGCCCUUGAUGCAUUUUUUUCCUACUGUAUGAAUGGCCUAGUUUGUUAUCUAGGCUAUAUCAUUUCACUUAAAUAGAAUUCAUUGGAGGAAUAUACAGUAGGCUUUGGGCUGUUAAACAUACUUUUUAAUGCAUUUCCAGAACACAGUCAGUCAAACAGGAUAUGGUGAUUUUUUUUUACCUCCUCAUUUGAGCCAUAUCAUGUAUUGAAUUGUACAUUUUCUUUUAGGGUUUCCCAUUACUGCAUGUUUUCAUAUAAAAAAGGCACACCAGAGAAAAAAACAUCAUUGGCAAUGUUUUUGAAUUCUGAGAUGUUGACAGAAUAUCUGAAUUGCAUUUAAACUUUGCAAUUUGAUGUAGAACAGGGUAUAUUUAGAUUAAAGUAAAUUGGGACCAACAUGCAGACAGUAUGGUUGUAUAUAGCUUAGCCAAUCUUUAAGCAAGUGAGUUUGAAGUCUCCUGUGAUUCUGAUGUAGUUGAUGACAUCCAGGUUGACUCGGUUGGGAAACUGGAUUUCAUGUCCAUCAGGAAGUUCCACUUCAAACAUGUCACCAGCCAGCUUCAGCACAAUCUAAAAUGAAAACAUGUUUAUCAAGUCAACCCCUUUUCUGUUUUAGAUCUUCUUUAAAAAAAAAUGCACGGCUUUGUCAUGAUUUCCUCACCUUAACAUGUGUGCCUCUCUGCAGGGGGUUGUGCAUUUCCCUUUUCUCAUCCCCCCACAAACCGGCAGUCUUUGAGUUGCACACGACGACAGCUCCGUCCGUGUCAUCAUGGAAACGGGGAUUAAAGUGCAGAGCCAGGUCCUCUACAUCAUAGCCAAGGUCAAUCUGGAAUCUGAGAAGAUU